AUGUCGUCCCACGUCGUCGUCAUCGCCACCGACCUCCGGCGCACGACCGUCAAGGUCUCGCCGGGGACAUACCUCAUCGACGUGCUGCAGGAGGCCUGCACCAAGCUCAACCUCUCGAGCGACAAGUUUCUGCUAAAACACAAGCAGAAGCAAGUCGACCUCUCCGUCCCCUUCCGCACGUCGGGCCUCCUCCCCGGCGCCAAGCUCGAGCUCGUCGUAAAGUCCAACACGCCGUCGGCCGUCCAGAUCGCCCUGCAGGUGCCGCAGUCCGAGGCGCGCGAGAUCCCCGGCGGGCGCCUCAUCCGCAAGUUCCCCUCAGACAUGACGCUGUGGCAGGUGCUGCGCCAGUUCGAGAGCGGCGACGCCAGCGCCGGAAGGAAUGUCAACAUCACGGCCCGCGGCGUCGCCGGCGCGGUCACCAGCGGCGCGGGCCAGCUGUACUACGAGAUGCCCGUGCUCAACAUCAUGGGCAGGGAGCUCGCCGCGUUUCAGGACUUUCAGAAGACGCUGUCGCAGCUCGGGCACAACUCAGGCAAUGUCCUGGUGCGGCUGUCGUACAGAAAGACGGACCAGACGCUGUUUGAGGCCAUGGAGCAGAUAAGCCAGUUCUUCAAGCACACGGAGGAGCAAAGCAAGAAGGAGGGGACGAGCGCCGCCGCAAAGGACGAGCCUCAACAAGAGUCAACCGAGCAAAGGGAAGACACGCCCAUGGCUGACGCCGCCGCGCAGCCUCCCGCUUCCUCUACCGAGUCGCAAGCUCCUCUGUCACAGCAACAACAACCUACAGACUCGUCAACCACCACGGGUCAAUCAACUCCCCAAGACCUGACGCCAAGCAGCGACUCCUCCCAGCCCAAGGACCCCUACCAACCCGUCUCCGUCUUCCUCGCACCCUCUGGCAACGUCCCCGCUGCCGCUCUUCACGCCUCUGAGUCCGAAUCCGACUUCACUCCCAGCAUAGCUCAUGCCCAGCUGCAUCAGGCUCGCUUGCAGGAAUCCUCACGCAACAAGCGGCUGCUCUCAGACAAAGAGAUCGAGGACAAGGCCGCCGCCGAAGCAGCUCGUCUAGCGGCGAUUAAGUCGGUUCUCGUCAAGGUGCGAUUCCCAGACAACACGAGCAGCGACUGGCAGGUCGGCCCGCGGGAGACGGGCGCAUUCCUGUACGAAGCCGUCCGACAUGUCAUGGCCGACGCCCAAUACCCCUUCCACCUCGUCCUGCCCGGUGGCAAGACGGUCAUCCAGGACGACGCCAGCCCUAAGCACGGCCUCAUCAAGGGGUACAAGCUCUCGGGCCGUGUCCUCGUCAACCUGGUCUGGGACGACGUCGUGCCCCCGCAGAUACGCAAGCAGCCGUUCCUCAAGACGACCGUGGCCCAGCAGGGGCAGGCCGUCAAGGUCCCUGAAGUGCCCAAGGCUGUCGAAGACGGCAAGGCGGCGCACGUUCAGCCGCCCAAGGCAGAGAGGGGCGAGGGCUCCGGCGAGGGCGGUGGCGGCAAGAAGGUGCCCAAGUGGUUCAAGUUUGGGAAGAAGUAG